GGCUACAGCUACUGGAAUGCUAGUCAAGGACAAGUGAACGAGUCGCCAACUCAAAACGAUACUCGUAACAGCAGAGAUCCGAGAGAUCAAUUAAACAACUCGCAGGAUACUCAGAGGUCUACUCGUGGAUCUGCGCAGAUGAAUCAGAAUGCAGAAAAUGCUAUACGAGACCUCGGAGUAGCACUGCGAGACCGAGACAGCAAGCUCCAGAAGCAGCGAAUUCGAAUCAAUAAACUUGAUGUGGCUAAUCGCAAGUUGGUGAACGAGAAUAAGCGACUGAAAGAUGAGAGCGCGCAAUGGCAGACCGAUUAUGACCACCUUGACGACAUCUACAAAUAUGUCGUUGACAAGUGCUUGGGCUCCUAUGCGCAGAAGAGAGGUAUUCAGUUCGAUGAUAGUACCGCCGAAUCUCUUGACCAAGUUCUUGAGCCACUGUUGCAGGAAGCUGUACAAGCCAAGCCUUUGCGCAGCCAUGUCCGGACAUUGCGAACCCAAGUCCAGCAGCUACAGAAGGAUCUGCUGGCAAAACUCGACAAGGUGGAAGUUGUCUCUGAUGACCAGUUCAGUCAGGAAUUCCGCUCGCUCGCCUCAUUGAUCAAGACAUUGAGUCGUACAGUCCGCGUCAACGACAAGGUAGACAUCCUUGAGGGUCUUGGUCCGCUCCUCUUGCUGAAUGAUGUCUCGUCACAUCACUGGAAUAGUCGGGCCGGGAAGAAAAGCUUGAUCGAAGCAUGGGUCUGGUCCAUUCUCAUUUGCCUUGUUUUCAGAAACCCUUUCGUGUUCUUAGGGGAGCAUUGCAAAUCUCUACACGAAGCUUGGACGCAAAUCUUCGGGGCACAGCACCACCAUCACUGGCCUCGUCCCUCUAAAAAAUGCGAAAACUGGCGUUACAAGACGAUGGAACAACUGGUAAAGCUGGCAGGUCAAGAUACCAUCACGCAUGGCAACGUGGGAUUGAUGCCUGAGUGUUUAGAAGCUAGUGUGAUAGACAACCGCACUCUUGUCGGAACCGUUAUCGAAGGUCAUUUCGACUUGAUGUUCCCGGGAUACGAUUCUUCAAAGGUACAUCCAAUUGUCGACAAAGCUUUUGGCUUAGCAAUGCGGAUGUCUCUGCAACGCUCGCGUCUUCAGAUCACCUACCCCGCGGUUGGAGCCUUGUUGAAUAGGGACGAGAUGUCAUCUAUUCCUGAAAUUAAUGGCGAAAGCGAUGACGAAGACAUGAGAGAGGGAGUUGUGGCGUUCGUCAUCAACCCGGGACUGGCCAAGUGGGGUGACGCACACGGUGAGAAUUUUGACCAGCGUUACGAUAUCGUGUCUGCUUUGGUGCAGCUAGAGCCUACUAUGCGUGUGGAACGUAGGGCCGAUGUCGAGGAUCAGCGUUCUCUCGAUAUUCAAGCUGGUUUCGCCGGUGGAAUUGAUAUCAAUGGUGAACCUCAAAUCAAGCACGAGCCGAACAUCAAGCAAGAGGAUGAGCGCACUUAGGCCGAAACGGUCGAGAUGCGUAUUCCUGGAUGUUUCAUGUCAGCAUAACACAGGAAGAGUAGCAGAGGAGGAGGAGAAAACCCCUACUUCAGGUUCUACUUCAGGGAUAGGAGAAUUGAGCGAGGGUGAGAAGCGGUGAUCAGAUUGGAAAAGCUUUGAUUCAGCGAGGUGGGUGCCAUCUACGAGAUUGAAGCCAGUAUGCUUUACAGAGGUGCACUCCAUGGAUGUGCUUAGGUGGAAACACGCCGUCUCUGUCCAGAAAGUAGAUAGUCCGGUAGCAUCAUCAAGUGGAUGAUCAAUCUCUCGUUC